UACUUAAUAUUAAUGAGCGCACCCUGUACGUCAUACUAGACGUAAUUGUCCAACCCACUGCAGUUUAAAGCGCUUGACAGUUGCGCUGUGCUGUAUAGACAUAACCAUAAACAUAAUCAUUUUCUUCGGUCACGGAUUUCAUUUUCCUUUAAAGCAUAAUAUAUUUGAUGACAAUUAUGGUAUUACUGUAUGAAACGUUUAGUAAGUUGACAUUAUCUUCACUGGAGUUCUUAAUUAAACUUCACUUUGCAAAGCUAUCCAUUUCCACCAGAUCUCUAGACGUGACAGUCAAGCUUAACACUAGCUGACUAAGAUACACAUUUUACGUUCUUUUUUGUUUUGUUUGUUUGCUGCGCUAAUGGAAAGUCGAACCGCUGCUUGAUCAUACGGCUGAAGAAAUAAAUAGCUGAAAACAUGCCAAAAUGGGAGUUCACAAUGAACCCGGUGCAGGAGUGGGGAGAGGAGGUGGAAGACAGUGCCAUUUAUGGGGUCACUCUUCACCGAGAACCCAUCCAGCCUCCACCUGAUGCCGCUGAGAACUCUUCUGCCUUCAGCUUCAGGCAGUAUCGCACACUGAAGGUCCGCAGGCUUAAAGCAGCCACUCUGGAGCGUCUUGUCACAGAAUUGGUGAACCCGGAGUGUCCUGACCCAGACUACAUGCAAAUCUUUCUCUCCACCUACAGAGCCUUUACCUGCACAAAUGCUCUCAUAGAGCUCCUGUUUCAAAGGGAGAACAUCGUCACCAAUCUGGACAACAGUGUCUGUUUGAGGAGUUCUUUGCCCUGUCUGAUCCGGCUGUGGUUAGACGAGUAUCAAGAAGACCUUCGGGACUCUCCAGAUCACCAGGCUCUUCGGCUGCUCUGUGUUCAUCUGCGUCAUCGCCUUUGUUUCAGACGUCUGGUUCAUCAAGCCGAUGCUCUUCUCAGAAAAUUUCAGACUGAAGGUACAUCAGCAGAAGCCAGCACAGCUGCUGUAGAGAAUCAGGAAACUGAGGACACCGAGGACAGACAGGACAUAGAAGAGACGGGGGAUGUACUGGGCUUCCCUGCACGAGACAUUGCUGAGCAGCUCACGCUAUUAGAUGCUGACCUCUUUGUCAAAGUGGUUCCAUUUCACUGCCUUGGCUGUAUUUGGUCUCAAAGGGACAAGAAAGAGAAUCGGAAUCUUGCACCCACGGUUCGUGCCACCAUUGGCCAGUUUAAUGCCAUCACUAAUUGUGUUAUCAGCUCUUUGCUGUGCCCUCCUUCCACAUCCCCUCACAGUUCCCCAUCCUGCACCCAUAGUGGCCCUACACACAGGGCAAAGAUUAUUGAGAAGUGGAUCUCUGUAGCUCAGGAGUGCCAUCAGUUGAGAAACUUCUCCUCUCUGAGAGCCAUCUUGUCUGCUCUUCAGUCCAAUGCCGUUUACCGGCUGAAGAAAACCUGGGCAGCAGUCAGCAGGGAGAGUAUGGCUGCCUUCGAUCUGCUGUGUGACACAUUUCCUGAUGAGAACUGUGUGCUGGUCAAUCGAGAGAUCCUUGUAGAAGGAAACCAGGCAGCGGAUGUAGACGCUCACACCGCUUCUAAGUCUCCCAGACUCAGUCCUACAUCCAAGCACAUGACCCCCUCCAGUGGUGAGGUGCCAUACCUGGGCACUUAUCUGACCAUUCUCACCAUGUUGGACACAGCAUUAAGUGAUAAUGUAGAGGAGGGUCUCAUCAACUUUGAGAAGCGCAGAAAAGAGUUUGAGAUUCUGUCUCAGAUCAGGCAGAUGCAAGCGUCAUGUGCUCAGUACAAUCUCCAAUCACAUCCUCGCAUCAUUUCCUGGAUCAGCAGCAGCAUACCUCUUUCUGAUCAGAAGAGCUAUGAGUUGUCAAGAGAUCUGGAGCCACCGGUAGACCCUUGUCCCAGCUCUCCCAACCCCUGGAGCCACCGGCUCAUCACCAAGAAACUGACCUCAUUGCUGUCUGGCAGUGAGAAUCUCUCAAAGAAGACUUUUGCUGAUCAGAUCAGUGUAUCAUCCUCUGGAUCCAGUGGCUCAGAGAUGGAAGAUCUCAGCAGCCCCAACCUCUCACCACUUAGAUACAAAGUACAGUCACCAUCUGUAUCCUGUCAGGACACCUCAGUAGACACACCCACCUCCUCUCUGACUCCGCCCAGCUCUUUUCAAAGCUGCGUACAGGCGGAUCUGUCUGCCCUGAACCCCGACAGCCCCUCCCCUUCUUCGUCAUCUUCAUCAUCCUCUCCUUCUCUCAAACAUCCCAUGUACAACAAGCAGGUUGCCGAUUCUUGUAUCGUCAGAGUCAGUGUGGAAUUUGGCAACAACGGAAAUGUUUAUAGAAGUAUUUUGAUAACCAGUCAGGACAAGACAGCUCAGGUGAUUCAGAGAGCUCUGGAGAAACACAACUUGGAGGAGAUGAACUGCCAAGAUUUUAGUCUCAAACAAGUGGUUUCUAAUGACAAAGAGUUGCUGAUCCCAGACAAAGCCAACGUGUUCUAUGCCAUGUGCACCACUGCCAACUUUGACUUUGUGCUUCGCCAGCGGUACAAAAAUCUCAGCAGAGCGCCUGGAUCAUCCUGGAGUCAUGGAGCAGUUCUGAGGUCCCGCAAGUAACAGCACCGUGAUGACCACUCACAACAUGGUGGCAUAAUACAGAAAAACUUGUUUUAUAAGUCAACAAAGACUAUAUAACCAACAGGACAUCUGCGAUGAGCUGGUGACUAUUGAAUGUCAAAGCUCUGGUAAAUAUAAAAACAGCCUGAUGGAUGCAUCAUUGAGCUCUGAAACACACUGGAGUCAUCAUUUCUGACAUCAUCUCACCCAGUAAUGUCAUUGACUAAUAGCAAGGAAACCAUAGCAUUCUACAGUGAAGUUAAAGGAUCUGAAAUGAAGACCUAGGGAAGUUGCAAUAAAUGGCCACAUCUACUGCCAGUUUAUUCAGAGGUUUUGCUUUGAAAGAAGAGGUCACACACGUGAUACCUGAGUUUUACUGAGGAACAUUUGUUUGUAUUUGGAUGAACACAUUUGUUUUAAAUAUGACCUAUAAAUACAAACUUUUAUGUAGCUAAUAUUCAGCGAUAGGUAAAAAGAG